CGUGUUAUAGGAAAACCAAAAGGUCUCCUUUGCCAUGGGUACGCUACAAAAGGUUUAUCUGGUAUUAUUAUGCACACGUCUCUAUAAGCCAAUCUUGGGAAAUCAAAGGUCACCCUAUUCACUUUAUAAACCCCUACCAUUACAAAGAUUUCUCAGUGGUUCGUCGGACAGAAGUUGGAACAGCAAUGACGGGAAACAACAUAUCAUCAUCUAGUGAAGAUGUAAAUAAAUGGGAAAGAGAAAUAGCACCAUCCCAUUACAUGCUGCGUAUUGAUUCAUUCUCCAAACUUACUAAAAUGCUGUUGGAAGGCAGACUACAGUAUUUCAAGUCCAAAACUUUUGAUGCUAGUGGCUUAAAAUGGAAUUUCUUGGUCUAUCCUAAUGGGGAUGAAAAGAGUAAUAGUACAGGACACAUCUCAGUGUCGGUGUGUAUUGAAGAUACAGCUGCAUUGCCCAAGAGUUGGGCGAAAUAUGCUGAUUUGAAGUUUUUUAUACAUGAUCAAGUGCGCCAAAAAUACUCCGUCUUUCAAGUUGGAGGAGCGAGCAGCUUACAUGACUUUCAUAGCCUGAAAACAGAAUGGGGUAUCACCAAAUUGGUUUCUCGUUAUGUAUUUGAUGAUGCUGCCAAUGGAUAUCUUGUCAAUGACAAAUGUGUUUUUGGUGUUGAGGUUUUUUUGCUUGAUUCUAAUUUUGCCGAAGAAUGUUUGAGUCUGUGUGUGGAAGUUGAUAAGACUUUUACUUGGAUUGUAACGGACUACAACAACUUGGGAAGUGAAGUUCAUUAUUCUUAUGAAUUUCCUGUGGCCUCCUUCAAAUGGCAAUUAUUACUUUAUCCUUUAGGAAAUGGAGAAUUUAGUGGGACACAUCUCUCACUAUUUUUGGGGCUUGUUGAUGAAAAAAUUGCUUGCUCUAAAUUGCUUGUACAUUGCAUGUUAUGUGUUAGAAAUCAAAAGUCGGGGAAACAUCAAGAGAAGCAAAAUUGUAAGUGCUUUGCUCCUGGAUAUUCAAGCUGGGGCUGGGCAUUCUCUAUGUAUCCCAAUGGUGUUGGCCCUAAUAAAGGGCACAUUUCUGUGUUUUUGUGUAUUCAAAACACAAGAGAUAAAGUAAACAAGUUUCAUUAUUUGAAACAAGAAUGUGGUAUCUCGAAUUUGGUCCCUCGCUGUGAGUUUGAUGAUGCUGCAAAUGGGUAUCUUGUUGAUGAUAUAUGUGUUUUUGGUGUUGAAGUUUUUGUGCUGCACUCUAAAUUUGUCAAACAACCUUCCUUCAAAUGGAAAGUGUUACUCUAUCCUCUUGGAGUAGGGAGUAAGCGUCCCGAUGGGUUAAACCUUGGUUUGUAUUUGACGCUUGUUGAUCCAGGAGCUACCCCCAACGCACUGCUUGUACAUUUUAUGUUAUCUAUAAGGAAUCAGGGGAAAUAUGGGAAGCAUCAAAUUGUUCUUGUUUUUCUACUUCUGGAUUUCUUGGUUGGGGCUGGGGUUCGUAAGUUCGUUUAUACCGCUGGCUGA